AUGAUGGACGGCCGCCUCCUGGAGCACCCGCAUGCCCAGUUCGGGGGCUCUUUGGGCGGCGUGGUGGGCUUUCCCUACCCGCUGGGCCACCACCACGUGUACGAGCUGGCCGGCCACCAGCUGCAGUCGGCCGCCGCCGCCGCUGCCGCAGCCUCGGUGCCCUUCUCCAUCGACGGCCUGCUCAGCGGCUCGUGCGCUGCCGCCGCCGCCUCGGUGGUCAACCCCACGCCGCUGCUGCCGGCCGCCUGCGGGGUGGGAGGCGACAGUCAGCCCUUCAAGCUGUCAGACUCGGGGGACCCGGACAAGGAGAGCCCGGGCUGUAAGCGGCGGCGCACCCGCACCAACUUCACGGGCUGGCAGCUGGAAGAGCUGGAGAAGGCGUUCAACGAGAGCCACUAUCCCGACGUGUUCAUGCGCGAGGCGCUGGCGCUGCGCCUGGAUCUGGUCGAAUCUCGAGUGCAGGUCUGGUUCCAAAACCGCCGGGCCAAGUGGAGGAAGAAGGAGAACACGAAGAAGGGCCCGGGGCGGCCGGCUCACAACUCACACCCGACCACGUGCAGUGGCGAGCCAAUGGACCCAGAGGAGAUCGCGCGCAAAGAACUGGAGAAGAUGGAGAAAAAGAAGCGCAAGCAUGAGAAGAAGCUGCUGAAGAGUCAGAGCCGCCACCUGCACUCUCCAGGCGGCUUGUCCCUGCACAGCGCACCCAGCUCCGACAGCGACAGCGGCGGCGGCGGUCUGUCCCCGGAGCCGCCGGAGCCGCCGCCGCCGGCCGCAGCAGCCAAGGGCCCUAGCUCGCACGCCGCCGGCGCCGCCGGUUCCGCGCCCGCACCGCCCGGUGAACCGCCCGCGCCCGGCACCUGCGAUCCCGCCUUUUACCCGAGCCAAAGAAGUGGCGCCGGCCCGCAACUGCGGCUAGGCCGCCCAGCGGACAAGGACGCGGCCCCGUGUGCACCCGGGGCGGCGGUGGAACGUGGCGCCGCCGGCCUGCCGAAGGCCAGCCCGUUCAGCGUGGAGAGCCUGCUGUCCGACUCGCCGCCGCGCCGGAAAUCCGCCCCAGCUAACGCCGCCGCCGCCGCGGCAGCUGCUGCGGCCGCCGGGCUGGACUUCGCGCCCGGGCUGCCAUGCGCGCCGCGGACCCUCAUUGGCAAGGGCCACUUCCUGCUCUACCCCAUCACGCAGCCGCUUGGCUUCCUGGUGCCGCAGGCCGCGCUUAAGGGCGCAGCGGGUCCGGAGCCCGCGCCCAAGGACGCGCCGCCCGCACCCGCCUCGCCGCCCGCGCCGCCCGCUCAGGCCAGCUUCGGGGCCUUUCCGGGGCCCGGAGGUGCCCCGGACUCGGCCUUCGCGCGCCGCAGCCCCGACGCCGUCGCCUCCCCGGGGGCCCCGACCCCGGCGCCCUUCCGGGACGCGGCCGUGGCUGCGGCCGAGGGCGGCGGCGAGGAUUGCGCGGAUUCGGGGGCCGCCUGCCCAGCGGCCACACUGCCGCUCCCUCUUGCGCCGUCUCCUGCGCCGGGCCCGCGGGCUCCCAGCCCUGCCGGGGAGCCGGCUUUGUGCGGGGCCCCAGAGCCAAGCGCCGAGCCCGGACCCAGCGCGCCGGAUGGCGAGGAGGUGGACAUGGACUGA